GACGGUCUUUUUUGGUGUCUUUUCGGUUAUAGUGUUCGUUAAGAAGGGCUUUUAACAUCCAUUGAAGAUCUCCAAAAGAAGAAAUCUCAAAAUGCCAGAACUCACUGAACUGGACAAAGCAACUGCAUCAAUGACUGAAAAACGCAAGGAGGAGACUGCAUCUUCUGAUAGUGAUUCAGAUGACAUGAUCCCUGAACUUGAAGAUGCAGGUGCCCCUGGUGCAGGUGGAAUCACUAAUCCAAUUGCUGGCAUUGACAUAGUCUCCAAAGCGAAGCAAUCACGAGGAGAAAAGAAGGCACGAAAAAUUAUGAGCAAGCUAGGUCUUAAGCCGGUACAAGGUGUAAACAGGGUGACAAUCAGAAAAUCAAAGAACAUCCUGUUUGUGAUCAACUCCCCAGAUGUGUAUAAGAACCCACACUCCGAUACUUAUAUUGUAUUUGGUGAGGCCAAGAUUGAAGAUUUGUCACAGCAAGCAACUAUGGCAGCAGCUGAACGAUUCAAGGCUCCUGAAAGUGCCGCUUCUGGCAAUGAUGCUACUGCUGCUGGCACUACAGUAGCUCCAAUAGCAGAAGAAGAGGAUGAAGAAGGAGUGGACGAAUCUGGUGUGGAUGAAAAGGAUGUGGAGAUUGUAAUGUCUCAAGCAAAUGUCUCACGGGCAAAGGCUGUACGAGCAUUACGCAAUAAUCAAUCGGAUAUUGUUAAUGCUAUUAUGGAGCUGACAAUGUAAACAAUUAGUCAGAAGAUUACUUUUAAAUGUUCCUAGAUUAUAAGUCUCUGUGUUAUCUAAUGCUGGCUUGACAUAAACACAUAGUUUUUGUUCAUGUCAGUAAACUAAUUAUUAUUAAUCCGGAAGAUAUCCCAAAGUCAGAUCUCCAUUUACGGAGGUCAUAUGAGUAUUUUCAUGUAUUAUGAGUGGAUAUGGGAAUGUAAAUAGUUACUCCAAAAUACAUUAAAACAAUAUGCUGUUUGCU